CUCCUUUUCCUCCUCUGACUUCUCUGUUCCCCAACCCUCCACUUCUUUCUUACCUGUUCUUUCCCAUAAUUAAACAUCAAUACCCACCAUCUCUAUGUCUCUCUCUCCCCAUUUACUCUUCCUUUGUUUUUUAUUCCUUUUCAGUUAAACUUCUAAAUUAAAAAAAUAUCUAAGUAAGGUGACACCUUACCCUCUAUUAGUGUUUCAGAAACAUAGAAAACUCAAUGACCAAUUUUGUCUUCUCAUAAACAGUUAUAAGCUAGGAAAGCUACACUAGGAACAGAUGUCUCCAAUUCCAAAACAGUUUUUAGGGUGAUUUCAGAAGCAAGCCACUUUCACUUGAUCUUGAAGUUUGAGGAGGCAUGCAACACUUCUUGCACUGUCAUCUGUGUACUUAAGAUGAAAUAAACAUCUCAGUGCAAGCUCAGAAAUAGAUCUUAUUCUGAAUACUCAGUGGUUAAUUUCCAUUUCUAUUUUGUAAAUAAUUUCUAACAUAAGCAUAGCUAAAUCAUGAAACCAAACUUUGAUCUUGAAGUGGAGGCAUGUGCAGAAUAUGAAUCUGAGGUUAGCAGCCAGGUUGCUUCCAAUGUAUCUAUUCAAGAAACCUCUAUAGGUCCGUGUAGUGAUAGCCUCACCAACAUUUCCAACAUCACAAAUCCAAUAGGGAUUCAUCCUAAUUCUGAUGCUAUUUCACUUGACUUAAGUCUCAACUUCAAGAAUAGUGAGCCAGGGGGAAGAGAUUCAAUAGGAUUCUCAUUCUCAAGCACUAGUGAGAGCAGCAAUGAACCUGCCUCUCAAACUACAGCAGCAACCAUUCCACGAGUCUUCUCUUGCAAUUACUGCCAGCGCAAGUUUUUCAGUUCUCAGGCUCUUGGUGGACACCAGAAUGCACACAAGAGAGAAAGGACAUUAGCAAAAAGGGCCAUGAGAAUGGGGUUUUUCUCUGAAAGGUAUGCCAAUUUAGCAUCUCUCCCUCUGCAUGGUUCUUUCAGGUCCUUGGGAAUAAAGGCGCACUCCUCACUGCACCAUGGUUUCUUACCAACAAUGAGGCCUCCUGAGAUAAAGAGCAAUGCAAGAUAUGAUCAAGGGUAUCUUGGCCACCCGAUAUUCUUGGAGGAUGACGAGUCAGAUUUGUUGUGGCCUGGUAGUUUUCGUCAAGUUGCCGAGGCAGGUGAUAGUCAUCAGAAUUUCAUACUGACUGGAAGUUCUAAUAUGAGUUUUACUGAGGUGAACCCACCUGUAGACAUAGAGAACUCAACACCAGAUUUGACUUUGAAACUUUGAAGGACGUUAUUUGGUAUAGUUCUGGCCUCGAGUUGUCUGCUUUAUUGUUAUGUUAUUGUACAGUAAGACAUGCAUGCAAGGGGCCAUGAUUACCAGAUUGAUUCCUAUACUCAGUUGGGUUUCCUUUUACUUUCAUUUUCAGUUUUCUCUCUUAGGAAUCUUGCUUUGUUAUUUUGUUUUCUAUGUUUCUCGUUGUAUAAGAGCUCCGGGAGGACAAUUUUGGAGCUUCUGUGCUUGUUAUAUAAAUCAUGUUUUCCCUUCACUAUAAUUAUUGAGCUUCUAUGCUUUCUGUCUUUUGUUUCCAUUCUGGAUUAUAUUGACCAUUAAA